UUGUUUUUUCGUCAUUUGGAUUUUUGGUGGUGGGGAAUUUCGGAAAUGGGAGGAUGAUAAUUUCAAAUACUUGUGAAUGGAAUUUGUUGUGACAUUCAAUUUUGCUUUUAGUUUGUUGAAUGAAUGGGAUCGUUGGGUUUGUGUCUGAUGCUAAUUUGAUGUGAUGGAUCUUUGACUUCUUUUUGCAGGUUGAUCUCGUUGGUCAUUCUUUGGAAAUUUUAAUCUCUUACCAUUGAUCGCGCUGGAUUGGUCGCAUUGAAGUUCGGGUAGAAGAAUUUUUUGUGCAAUUGGGGUCUGACGUUGGUUCAUAAUCAGUUUCUUGGUUUCUGAUCCAUGAUUACUCAUCCAAAUAUAGUGCUUUCGAUCUGAAGUUCCUACUUAUGAUGGGCUUUUGUGUUACUUCCUCGUGUUUCUUCUUCUAACAUUCUGAUCUGGUGGUACGUUAUGUGACAUAUUCGUUUUCAAUUGGGAAGGAGCAUAAGUAGGUCUUCAAUGAUUGUAUUGAUUGCUUGUAUUCAUACCAAUCUAUAUAGAAGUGUACGUGACAUAGUAGGUUAUGCUUUAUGCUCUGCUUCGAGAUUUAAACCGAAGGCACUUCCCGUUUAGAGUGGUUCUGAACUGGAUUAUUAAGGGGACUUCAGAAAUAUUGGACAUGAGAAGCUCCUGGGUCAAUAAAAUAUCUGUAAUCUUAGGCUCCAAACCACCAUUCAGCUGGUUAAUUUUGUGCCUCAUCAGCGUGCUUGCAUUAAUCGCAGUGCUAGGUACAUCUACUUCAAAUGCCUUUGACUCAGUUACCACUACACCAGUGUCUGACAUUUAUGCUAGCUAUAGAAGGCAAAAAGAAAGGGCAGCAAUUGAUUUGUUUGACUUAAAGUCUCUUUCGUUAGCCACUACUCGGCUGAAAGAGUUUGGGCUUUGUGGAAAAGAAAGAGAAAACCAUGUUCCAUGUUACAAUGUUACAGCAAACAUGUUAGCUGGAUACAAAGAAGGGGAGGAGUAUGAUAGGCACUGUGAAGUGUCUAGAACAGCAGGACGGUGUCUGGUUCGUCCUCCUAAAGACUACAAGAUCCCUCUGAGCUGGCCUGUUGGCAGGGACAUAAUAUGGAGUGGAAAUGUGAAGGUAACAAGAGAUCAACUUCUGUCUUCUGGGAGCCCUACCAAAAGGUUGAUGUUAUUAGAAGAGAACCAAAUAGCUUUCCACUCAGAGGAUGGAGAUGGAGUCAAAGAGUAUUCUUUUCAAAUUGCAGAGAUGAUUGGUUUAGGCAGUGACUCUGAAUUUCUUCAAGCUGGUGUACGCUCGAUACUUGAUAUUGGUUGUGGGUUUGGUAGCUUUGGUGCUCAUUUAAUAUCAAUGAAUGUAAUGGUUAUGUGCAUUGCAACCUAUGAGGCGACUGGCAGCCAAGUUCAAAUGGCUCUCGAGAGAGGCCUUCCAGCGAUGCUUGGAAACUUUAUUAGAAAACAGCUUCCAUAUCCAUCUUUGUCAUUUGACAUGGUUCACUGUGCACAGUGUGAUAUCUCUUGGAACGAUAAAGGUGGGAUAUUCCUUAUUGAAGCUGACCGAUUACUAAGACCUGGAGGUUAUUUUGUUUUAACAUCUCCCACGGGCAAGACAGUUGGAGGUUCACUGUCUUCCAAGAAGCCAAACAUUUUGACACCAUUAGAAGAGAUGACCCGAAAAUUAUGUUGGAGUCUUUUGGCUCAGCAAUAUGAAACUUAUAUUUGGCAGAAAACUACUGAUCCUCAUUGCUAUUUAUCUGGCAAGCAGGAAGUUGUACCAGUUUGUAAAGAAGGGCAUGAUACUCCAUCAUAUUAUCAACCUCUGGUACCAUGCAUAAGUAGUACUACCAGCAAGCGGUGGAUUCCAAUCCAGAACAGGUCUUCUGGUUCCCAUUUGAAUUCAGCUGAACUUGAAGUUCAUGGCGUUCAAUUAGAAGACUACUCUGAUGAACUACAAAUUUGGCAAUCCGCUUUGAAAAACUAUUGGUCCUUACUCACGCCUUUAAUUUUCUCUGACCAUCCAAAGAGGCCUGGUGAUGAAGAUCCAUUACCUCCAUUUAACAUGAUACGCAAUGUGAUGGACAUGAAUGCCCACUAUGGGGGUUUAAAUGCUGCGUUUGUGGAGCAGAAGAAAACAGUUUGGGUCAUGAAUGUUGUCCCUGUUGGGUCUCCCAAUACACUUCCGCUCAUACUUGAUCAAGGUUUUGCUGGUGUUCUGCACGAUUGGUGUGAACCUUUUCCCACUUAUCCACGAACAUAUGAUUUGCUCCAUGCAAAUGGGCUCCUCUCACAGCUACUUCCAAGUAGGUGCAGCAUGAUUGGAUUAUUAGUAGAGAUGGACCGUAUACUGCGCCCUGAGGGUUGGGUUGUCCUAAAGGACAAAGUGGGACCGAUAGAGAAAGCCCGAAUGUUCGCUACACAGAUUCGUUGGGAAGCAAGGGUGAUUGACUUUCAGAAUGGGAGUGACCAGAGGCUCCUUGUUUGCCAGAAACCAUUUGUGAAAAAAUGAUCGAUUUGUCAUGUGGGAAUCUCACAACGGGAACGUGUACAGUUGUUUUGCUAUGGGUAAUAGGGAGUUCAUAUAAUCAAAUCAUAUUGAUGAAGAGCCUGAUGAAUCCAAUCCGACGUUGUUGAUGACUAGAAAUCGAGGCACGUGCAAUCCUUUAGAUUUUGAGAUUUUUCGCAGAAAUAGCUGCAAUUCAUUUUUGCCACAGUUUAUUCUUAGAAAUUCAUUUAAUCCCCCCUCUCCUCACCUCUCUUCUGGCUUUCUACCCUAAAAUAUCUUCAUUAUUUUUAUACUGAGACCAUGCUAUUUCAAUUGAAACAUAAUUUUCUUUCUUCUUUUGGGAAAGAAUGUCCAAUUGCCACGAAAUAUAAGGGCAGUUUUCUCUUCCUUUCUCUCGAUCAGAAACUGUGGUAAAAAUAUCAACAUUGUUCCUGA